UGUCCCACUGUUUGCCUAGAUAACCAGUUCAGAAUGUCUAUCCUGGAGCGCUUGGAGCAGAUGGAGAGGAGGAUGGCGGAGAUGGCCAGCCACCAGCAGCCGAGCAGUGCAGGGAGUGGCGGAGCUGGGGGAGGGACAGGAGGGACAGGGGGAGGUGGCGGAGGAGGUGGAGGAGGCGGGGGCAACAACAGCCAGUCACAGUGUGUGACUGGCCAGAUUCAAGCAGGCAGCUCUUUUGAGAGCCGCGUCGUGGUGGUCUGUGAGAAGAUGAUGAGCAGAGCUUGCUGGGCCAAGUCCAAACAUUUAAUCCACUCUAAGACCUUCCGAGGCAUGACACUCCUUCACCUGGCUGCCGGCCAGGGAUACGCCACCCUCAUCCAGACACUCAUCAAGUGGCGCACUAAGCAUGCUGAUAGUAUUGAUUUAGAGUUAGAAGUGGACCCUCUGAAUGUGGAUCACUUCUCCUGCACACCUCUGAUGUGGGCGUGUGCCCUGGGUCACCUGGAGGCAGCAGUGGUCCUGUACAAAUGGGACAGACGUGCCCUCGCUAUCCCAGAUUCUCUCGGCCGCUUACCCCUGUCGAUCGCCCGCUCUCGUGGCCACACCAAAUUGGCUGAAUGUCUGGAGCAGCUACAGAGGGAAGAGCAGCAGGCUCCAGCCCCUCUACCACCCACAACUCGCAUGUCCUUCUCCCCGGGCCCAGAUGCCCCCACCACAGACAGCUGGAUGGUCAGCUGGGCAAACGACAGUGUAGUCGCCCCCAGCAGCAAGAAAGGAGGUCCUGCCACCACUACAACCACAUCCAGCACCACCAGCCUCAACCCGGACCUGAGAAGGCCCAGGUCAGAGCCUUCCAACUACUACAGCAGCGAGGGCCAAAGAGACCUCCCACUAGCUAAAAAACAUAAACCCAACCCAGAACUCUCUCAGACGCGGCCUGAUAAGGCCAUGUCUGUUCCUCUGAGCCUGGAGCAGCAACAGCUCCACAAGCUGUCCUCUAGUCCCAAAAGCCUGUCCUCAGAGGGCCUGAGCUCAGACAAGAGCCUGUCUACAGGAGGCUGCACGGGGACAGUCAGAUGGACCUCGAGAGAGAGUUUCUCCAGCAGCGGCUUGGGGAGGAAGACCCUGGGGGUCGGUGGAGGCAGCAGCCUUGGGAAGGAGAAACUGGUCAACCGGUUGCGUCAGCGAGAGCAGCUCGGCAUGCUCGUGAUGGCAGACAGAGAAAUGGCUGAUGCAGAACUGUUAUCCUAUCGGGAAGAUCUGGAGAACCAGGACUGUCUCACACAGAUGGAUGACCUACAGGUGAACAUGAUGACUCUGGCUGAGCACAUCAUCGAGGCAACGCCGGAGAGAAUCAAGAGGGAGAACUUCACCGCUGCAGAGUCUGUGCCCUUAGACACGUCGGGGGUCAGCAACACCAUGAACUGGCUGGCCAACUACCUGGGAGAUGUGGAACAGCUGCCGAGCAUCAUACACCUGCGAUCUCUUUAUAAUGAACCCCUGACCCCAUCGUCCAACACCAGCCUCAGUCCUGGCGGGUCUCCGCUCAGAGAGACGCCCCUGGAGCGGUCCACACUCCCGUCCCCGGCUGACUGGAGUGAGUUCAUCAAUGCCUCCAACAGCAAGGUGGAGCGAGACCUGGCCCAGCUGACUCUGUCCGACCCAGAGCAGAGAGAGCUGUAUGAGGCCGCCCGCCUCGUCCAAACUGCCUUCCGCAAGUACAAGGGACGGCCGCUCCGAGAGCAACAGGAAGUAGCUGCUGCUGUUAUUCAACGUUGUUACAAGAAAUACAAACAGCUAACAUGGAUAGCCUUGAAGUAUGCACUAUAUAAGAAGAUGACGCAGGCCGCCAUCCUUAUCCAGAGUAAAUUUCGCAGCUACCACGAACAGAAGAAGUUCCAGCAGAGCAGGAGGGCGGCUGUGCUCAUUCAGCAAUACUACCGCAGCUACAAGGAGUUUGGGAGGCUGAAGCCCCACCACCGCGGGGCAGCUGCUGCCCUGGUGCAGCACAAACUGAGAGGUAGUCUGCUCACAAAGAGGCAGGAUCAGGCUGCCAGGAAGAUCAUGAGGUUCCUCCGUCGCUGUCGCCACAGCCCCUUGAUGGACCAUAGACUGUUCAAGCGGGGUGAAAGAAUUGAAAAGGGCCAGGGAACAUGAGACCCCUCAGAAGAGCCCCCUCGCGAUGUGACAUCACUCUCCUGACUCCUCUUUUUCUUUUUUCGUUUGUACCCAAGACAUUUUACAAGAGAAAUGGAAAAAAAACAUCAAUGCAAGCACUGCAAUUAUUACUACUUCUGCAGUGUUACUGGUUCAACUACUCUUACAUGUACAACAGCAUUUUUCACAUAUCUUUUCUCUCCACUGACUUGAUUUUGGUCAGAGAGUGGCAACUUCUAUGGGAUUAUAAACUCUAAGGGUCGGGGUGGGGGGGGCUUGCUGAACAUUUGCUUCAUGGCAUUUUUUGCACUUUUUCGUGGAUUGCUUUGUCUUUUUUUUUGGACGUGAAGAGGUUUUUGGACGAGAAGAGGAAGCGAACGCGGGACAUGUCCGAGGAGGUCUGUCACGCGCGAGGACCUGAAGAGAGACGUAAAUCACGGCUGCUGCAGAAGAUCUCAGAGGUUGGGGAGACCACGCAGAAACACUCUGGGCUCUAAUCGUAUUUCAUAUUUUUUUAAGUGACCAAUCAUUCGAGGACGGAUUUUUUUCAACCAAAUAUAUUGGUAACCCACGCGCUCAUUUCUACCACUGCUGUAGAUGAUGAUAUUCAAUUUAGCUCCACAGUUCCUCCUGUCCGACUGUGCUCUACCCCACCAGUCUGCCCACACGGGUGGAGCUACAAAUGAAUGUAGUCCGGGGUUUGACCAUGCAGAUGCACAUGGGGAAUAAAAUAUUUCUGUUUUGCCAUUUCUUAAAAAAACCCUAUGCUUUAUCGUAUAUAUUGUCACUUUAUUACUUGAAUUUGCUCCAUACUGUCCGAUGUAUUUGUUCCAUCACGUCUAAUGUAUUGAUGAUCUGUAUCUUCAGACUCUAUGUUGUUGAAUCCUACCAAGAAAAAAAAUGCAUGAAUUCUUGGCGAGAAAAGUCUUUGCUCGUGUGCUUAUGGUCUAGUCUUUCAGCCUAUUCUAUGAUUUUCUAUUUGUUCCCACUUUAGUGGCGCACACAUCCAUCUUCUCCUCCAUGAGUUCUAACAUCUCGGUAAUGAAGCUAUCCCUGUAUUGUCCAUUUUGUUUGAUAGAUUGCUCCUCUCGCACCUAACGAGAGAGAAGAACUUGCCUAUUUUGUGUUGUAACGGUUCUGGUCAUGCAGGUUAUUACUGUUCUUUUUAAAUGAACUUCAGAGCCUGUGAAGGCUUUUGAGGGGAAGAUCACAUACAUUGCCUUGACGUCUUAGAGAUUCUUUGAGGGGUCCCUAAGCUUGUCCCAAAAUAGGGGUUUGACAAAUCCAUAUUUUUGACAAUUGAGCGAUUUCUGUAUAUAAAGGAAGGCUGAAAGUACGUAGGAAAAAACAUUUACCCAAAAGGGAUUGUAUUUUAGAAAUAUAUUAUUUUAUUCAUUAAAAAUGGGUCAAAAACAGGUACGAGACAAAAACAGAAUAUUUGUAUAGUUUUGUUUGAAUGCCUAAGAAGUAUGGUUGUAUUGUUUGUAUAUAGUGUAAAUACCUGGGAUAAAAAUGAGCUAUGUGCAUGAAAAGUAUGAACAGAGUCAAAAGGGAAAAAAACAACAAAAGCAGUAGUGGCUAUGCUCUGUAAAGUUAAAACUAUUUCACUAUUAGAGUAUUUUAUUUUAUUUUGAUCGUUCUUGAGAAGAACAUUUUGCUAAAGCAUGAUAUUAAUGCAAUAUGAAAAAGUAAAAAAACUGUAUUUAGAGUUAGGAGAAGUCUGCAAAAUUAUCUUUAAAGUACGGUUACGUUUUAUUUAUUUUUUUCUUUUCUUUGUUUUGGGCUACCAAGAAAAUUUUGCCAAUGGUGCCAAGGUAUGUGAAUGCUAUAAUAGCUUAAGAAGAGAAUUAAGUUAAUUUGUUGCAGAACAGAUAAUCAUACAGUGAAAUACACACUAGCACUAAAGACCAUAAGAUCACAACUGGCAGAGGAUCAAUAGAUCAAU